ACUGUCAUUUUCAUGUGGUUAAUUUUUAUGGUUAAAUAUUUGUUGUGGAUAUCUAUAAUACUAAUGUAUUAAUUUUGUCUAUAUUCAAAGAAAAGGUUCAAGAUGCCUGAAGCUGAUACCGCUAGGGUCCCCGAAAAUGGAUCCGAAUGUGACUCGAGCGCGGAAAACGAUGGAAAAAACACGGAAACAAACAUUCUUCAAAAGAAGAAAAAGAAACGUGGGAUCAUUUACUUAUCAACAAUACCUCCAUACAUGAAUGUUGCGAAGAUUAGAGAAAUUUUUAGUCAAUACGGCGAAGUUGGUAGGAUAUACCUUCAGCCGAGUACAAAACCUGGCGAGAAACGUAAGCGUGUACCAAACCAAUUCACGGAAGGCUGGGUAGAGUUCCAGAAGAAAAAAGUUGCCAAACAGGUUGCAGCUAAUCUCAAUAAUGCUAAAAUUGGAACGAGAAAGAAGUCACGCUACUUUGACAUGAUAUGGAAUAUAAAAUACAUACCCAGGUUCAAGUGGGUGCAUCUUAGUGAGAGGUUGGCAUAUGAGAAGGCUGCCAUUAAACAGAGGCUAAGGGCUGAGAUAUCUCAGGCUAAGAAAGAAGCGCACUUCUUACAGAAUAAUGUUGAGAAGAGUAAGAAAAUCAAACGAAAGAAAGCAAUGGAAACUGCAGAUUAAUGUUGAUUAAAAUUUUAUACUUAUAUG